AAGGUGGUUGGAAUUUAAAAUGAACCCUUUCAUUUCGAUAUGACAAGACUAGGCUGUUAAAACUGUUAUAGGAGAAGAAUGGAUGGAAAUAUGAUCGGCCCGGGUCCCUACAGGGCAACAAAGUUGUGGAAUGAAACGGUCAAGCUUUUUCGUGGAGGAAUGCCGCUACGAAGACACUGGGCACAUUUUCGGAGUUAUGAUAACAGUUUCACAGGAUCUGAAGGCAUUGAUUAUCUGCAUGAACUACUAAAGCGGAACCAGAAUUUUGGGCCCGAGGUGACCCGUUAUCAGUCUCUCCAGUUGCUGAGGAAGUUUCUUAAGAACCAUGUUAUUGAAGAUGUUAAAGGACGUUUUGGUAAUGAGGACUUUGAUGACAAUGGACGUUUGUACAGAUUUCCACCACAGUCACCUCUCAAGCCCCUUCCUCAGCGCGUGCCUAUAUCACAGAGAAAUUUCAUUCCCCCAAUCCCACGGUGGGAUGACUGUGAGGAGAUGCAAGGGCCCAACAAGAUACCCAUGAAACCUCUUGUUUUGAAUUCAGAGUCGUGGAACAAAAGGCAUAGUAUUGCUAUAGGGGAAGUGCCAGAAUGCAAACUGAUUCGGAGAAAAGAGAUCACACCAAAGCAUGUGGACCAGAUAUGGAAGUCGAUGACAUUAACCCACUUACAGAGUGUUUUGGGGCUCCAGUCUUUAGAUGGGGUUCUCGAUGCCAAACUCUUGAGCCCAAAACACGUUGUUCAUAAUGUAUUCAGUGUCAACAAACAAGGCAUUGUCAUUCUGAAGAACAAGUCAGAGGAUUUACCCCACUGGGUAUUAUCUGCAAUGAAAUGCCUGGCAAACUGGCCAAAUGGAAAUGACAGCAAGCAGCCCAUGUAUCCUGGAUUUGAGCGAGAUGUCUUUAGAACAGUUGCAGAACAUUUUCAGAAAUUAAAAGAGCCGCUGUUGACAUUCCAUCUGUAUGAAAUCUUUGUCAGCAUCUUGGGACUUCUUCCAAGAGAGCAGAUUGCGGUCGAAGCGCUGCAGGUGUGCUGCCUCCUCCUGCCGCCAGCCAACCGUCGCAAGCUGCAGCUGCUAAUGCGCCUGAUGGCUAAAGCCUGCCAUAACCAUGCUCUCCCUCCACUCAAUGAUGCCAUAGGAACUCGCACCCUUAUGGUCCAGACCUUCUCCCGCUGCAUUUUAUGUUCUGCAGAUGAAGUGGAUUUGGAUGAGCUGUUGGCUACCAAGCUGGUCAACUUCAUGUUGGACAACCAUGAGAGUGUCCUGAAGGUCCCUGCUGAACUGCAUAGAUCUGUGGAAGAACAUUUGUCCCAUCUGCGAAGGGCUCAGAUAAAGUAUGCAGGUGCAGACACAGACUCAGCAGUGGACUCCCCACUGCACGCUUACUGCAGGCAAAUCAGCAGGGAGGAGUUUGAGGAGCAGAGGGUUACAGCCUCGCAGAGAGCUAUUGUGGAACUACUGGAAGGCAUUAUUCAAGACAAGUUGAUGUCAGCAAAGGACAAGAAGAAGAAGUUAAAACAGUUCCAGAGAUCCUAUCCUGACAUCUACCGUAAACGCUUUCCUACACCUGAGAGCGAAGCCGCAGUGCUUCCAGAGAGGCCUCAGCGGCUCAAACCCCAGCUGAUGUUCCUAACACUAAAGAAGCCUCUGCAACCCUUCCAGAGGAGCUGGAGUUUUCGCGCUUGAAAAUAUGGUUGGUUCUUCAUGAAGACGCCAAGUGUUGUAAGAAACUGUCUGCAGGCUUAAAAGAGCUGAUAUGAUUUUCAGCCUGUUGUUUUUAAAAUGUAAUGGUUUGUUUCAGGCAUGUGACAUAAAAACCUGCUGCAGGUGUUGACCACCUACUUGCUGGUUUGUUUAUUUGUCAUCCCUUUUUUCCUGAUAACCUUACUUUCAGUAAAAUCCAGUAAGUGUUACAAGCUGGACAUUAAGACAAAAUUCAGUUGAUUAGCAUCUGAGUACUGAAGCUCCUGGCUAAUACUGGCAUGUUCCAUUUUUGGAAUAGACUUGGGGGGAAAAGGACACUGGAUUUGAAAUUCAUUCAUUUGACACAACGUAGUGUGAUCAUACUUUCUGUCUCAGUGAAAAGCCUUAUAUGUCUGUGUUUUUCAGACAACAUAAUAUUAAACUUCAGUUCAAAUACUUGAAUCCUGCAUAAAAGUAUAAACUCACCAGCCUUUUUAUUAGACACCCUUGCCUUGUAGCUCCACUUUGUACAGUUAGUAAAUGUAGCCCAUCUGUUAAAACAGUUUGUAAGUCAUCCCCUAACCUUUCAUUAGUGGUUAGUUUCUGACCACAGAGCCGCUCUUGGCUGGAUAUUUUUUGGGUGGUGGACCACUCUCAACCCUGUAGUUGAUGUAGUCUGAGUUGUACAUUUGGAAAUUGGAUCUUCAAGGUAGGUGGGCUUCAAAGUGGCCAGUGAACAAGGUUGGUGUUUCUAAUAAAGGAUAAAGUGAGUGGUGAGCGUAUACUUACCUGUAUACUAGUUAAGUUUUGGGGAAAACCCAUCAUUUCAUUAGAAAUUCUAUUUAUAAACACUAAAGCUGUAUCAGUAAGAAAUCAUUUUAUACUGCAAGGUCUGUUUAUAUUUACGACGUUAUUAUUUAGAAAUUGAUCCUUUGUUCUCAAUUCAUUGAGUUUUGGAGCAUUUAAGAAUCUUUUCGUGUUGAUCUGGUUGUAGAUUUUUUCAGAUUAAAUGGUACAGUGUUAUUUUUUUGGUUACUCAAACAGUAUCAGUAAUGCUUUUUAGAAUGAUUUGUUUUUAGAUGUUUGCCAGACAAAGAGGCUACAACAUCAUACUGCACUCAAAACAUGUCAGUGACAUCUGUAAGGUCUGUUAAUGUCAUAAUACAUAAAGCUUACAGGUUAAGGCUAGAUAGGAUUUAUCUGCAUAUUGCAAACACGCCUACUUCAUUUCAGGCGAAGAUUUGAUGUGAAAUUGCAUUGUAAACUAGGGGUGGGCAAUAUGACAAUGUUUAUCAUUAAUAUGGUAAAUUGUGUCAUUACAUCACUAUGCUUUUUCUGAGGAUAUGGUGGAUAUCAUCAGUACUUCAAUAACAAUGACUAUUUUUUGCAGUGCAGUUCAAUUAAAAAUCACUGUGCUGAAGUUUGUAAAUUUGGCUUUAUUUGUUCGUUUUUUGUCUUCCAACUUAUCCAACCUCAGAAAAACUAAAUAACUUGUAUUGUGACAAUCUUGAAGUAUUGAAAUAUUAUAUUUUGCCACAUCACCCACCUCUAUUCUAUUCUAUAAUGAGGUAAAGAAAGAUUUCAAAUUGCCCUUAAAGUCAAGUUUAAGAUUUUUAAAUUUUGUUUAUUUGAGGUGAUAAAUAACAUGUCUCACUGUGUAUAUGUUUGUCUUCGUGAUACAUAGAA